AGCCUGAAAGCUCUUUCUCCCUGUUCCUUUCUCUCCCAAUGGAAAAGCUCUCUAUACUCGUCCUUUUCUCUGUUCUUCUUUUGGUGCCAUCAGCAAUUGCUGCAGGAACCAAAGAUGGAUCAGAGGACUGGGGCUAUGUUCAAGUCAGACCCAAAGGACACAUGUUUUGGUGGCUUUAUAGAAGUCCUAACAGAGUUGAGGAUCCCUCAAAGCCAUGGCCAAUCAUUUUCUGGCUCCAAGGUGGACCUGGAGCUUCAGGAGUUGGGAUUGGGAACUUUGAAGAGGUUGGGCCAUUGGACACCAAUUUGAGGCCAAGGAAUUCAACAUGGUUGCACAAAGCUGAUCUUUUAUUUGUGGAUAACCCAGUUGGAACUGGGUUCAGUUUUGUGGAAGACAAAGCUCUGUUUGUGAAAAAUGAUGUCGAGGCAGCCACUGAUUUGACAACAUUACUCAAAGAGAUAUUCAACAAAAAUGAGAGCCUCCAAAAGAGUCCUCUGUUCAUUGUUGCAGAGUCUUAUGGAGGCAAAUUUGCAGUGACUCUUGGACUUUUAGCUCUAGAAGCCAUUGAACAAGGAGACCUAAAGCUUAGACUUGGAGAUUGUUACUUAACUUUAAUUAUUGAUUAAAUUUUCGGUAUAAUUAGAGACCAAGAUCCUUAAGAUCAUGAAACCAAAUUUAGUGUAGCAUUUGAGUUGGCCAUGUGCACCAAGCAUUUUCAUGUACCCCAUUUUUGGGUCAACAGCCAUAUAUGCUCUGGUUGGCGAUCCAAUUCAAGCAGAUAAAAUUCUGGUUAUUUACUUUAAAAAUUUUCAAAUGUAAGUACUGUUUGUAUUUUUUUAAUUGUUUAUUUGAGAAAUUAAGUUAAUCUUGGCUAGCUGGAAUUUUUAUAUAACCAAAAUGCAUGUAUUAAGAAAUGUUAUUUUUUUUUCUGUCGAAAUGUCAAUUGGGAAUGUCCUACUAAAUGAUUUCGUACGAAAAAAGAGGGUGAAGUAAGUUUGACUUGUACUUGAUCAGGAUUUUAAAGAGACUCAUAACAAUUUUAAAUGGAACACAUUAGAAUAUGCAUUGCCAAAUUUCCACCUUUGUUCUUGAUUUAAUGUACGUAUGAAAAGAAUAAAUGUUCAUAUGCAUGGUAAUAUUCGGCAAUAUCGCAUUGACUUCAAAAAAAAUGUAAAUGUGUUGUUUUUUAUUUUAUUUUGAUAAAGACCAUGUAAAUGUGUCGCGUUGCAAAGCUUGACGAUGACAAUUAUUUGAUAUCGAAAGUUUUUGUGAGAUAUACCGGGAA